AUGACUUUAGAUACCAUUGAUAACACUUUAGCAAUCGAGGUUAAAAACCUUACUUACGAAUUCCCAAACAGCAAAAAGAUCGGGUUACAAGAUUUCAAUUUAGCCAUCCCCUGGGGCACAACGAACUUGGUAGUGGGACCGAAUGGUGCCGGAAAAUCAACAUUAUUACGUAUAUUAGCUGGGAAAACAUUGAUCAAGAAAGGCCAUCUCAAACUUGGUGGAUUUGACCCGUUUCAUUUUUCAUCUCAACGUCACGAACAAGCCAACUCCGAUAUUAAUAAUUAUAUAACAUACUUGGGCACAGAAUGGGCAACUAAUUCCAUCAUUAAAAGGGAUAUACCUGUCAACUUGUUACUUGCUUCUAUUGGCGGAGAAACAUAUCAGGAUAGACGCAAUUUGUUAAUUGACAUAUUGGAUAUUGAUCCAAGCUGGUCAAUGUUGAAUAUAAGUGAUGGAGAGAGACGUCGAGUGCAGAUUGCCAUGGGGUUGGUGAAGCCUUGGAAGUUAUUACUUUUGGAUGAAGUCACCAUUGAUUUAGAUGUUGUAGUCAGACUGAAGUUGUUGAACUAUUUGAAACAAGAGUGUCAGGAGAGAAACUGUACUGUUGUGUAUGCUACUCAUAUAUUUGAUGGGUUGGGGCAUAAGUGGUGUGAUAGAGUGAUACAUAUAGAUGCUGGUCUUAAGUUGAAUGAUGUGAAAAUCAAAGACAUAGAGUUUGUGAAUGACGAUGGUCGAGUUGAAGUUGGCGACGAAAAGAUCAUUGUAAGCAAAGCUGAAUCCUUACAUCCAUUGGCAUUAUUCUGGUUAAAUAAGGAUCUAGAAAGAAGAGGAACCAGAGAUGACGAAAAAUUGAAAAUGAGUAAACGACACAACGAUUACGUCAAUUCCAGAGAUGGUAAAUAUUUUGAUGCUGACGACUCAAAACUUGCACAAUAUUUCAAAAGCACAAGAAGCAGCAAAUAG